AUGAGCGAGCUGCAGCUGAUCGUCGAGCAGCUGAACAAGGAGCCGUUCCGCCUGGGCCUCACGCUCGUGGCGUUCGAUGAGAAGAGCAACUUCGAGCUGCUGCAGAUCCUGCACGAGGUCUUCGUCGAGAUCGACCCGACGCGUCACUCGGGCGUGGAUCUCAGGGCCGAGGCCGACGAAGUGCGGGCGCAGCGCUACCUGGAGUUCCUGCAGCUGCUCAAGUUCCAGCUGCCGCGAGACAUCGACGGGUUCCGAGAGGCGCUGGCCCACGGGGACCGGCAGACCAUCUACACGCUGCUGCAUUGGGCGCUCAAGAGCCUGCCCGCGCACCAGAAGCGAGCGUACCUAGGACGCUUCCUGGCGCCUCUCAAUGUGCCCCAAGAGUAUUUCGGAGAUGGCUCGCUAAAUGCCAUGUACGAGCACUACCAGCAGCUGCAGAACCAGUUCAAGACAGUGCACAAGGAGGUGGACCAGCUGCGCGCGUCCAAGUCUCGUCCGGGUGAGCUGCGCCGCGAAAUCUCCCAGCUGGAGGAAGAGUCCCAGCAACUCACCGAGAAGAUCGCCAACCUGAAGAAGAAGACGUCGUCGGACCCGGGCUUCCAAGAGCUGCUGGCUGCGACCAGCGCGCUGCGGAAGGAGCAGGAGGAGCAGGCCAAGUUGGCGGAGAGGAAGCGUGACCAGCUGCUGUCGUUGUCGCUGGCGGAGAAGCGCGCGAGAGAAACCGAGGCCCGACUGCAGGACCUUCGAGCGUCGCUAUCGCAGGAUGCCACGCCUGAGCAACUCUUUGAGAGGCUGCAGUCUCAGGUGGCACGCAACAACGACAUUAUCAACGCCAAGUUCCCAGCGGAGUUCAACACUCAGCAGGCGACGCUGCAGCGACUUGAGCACGCGCUCAGCGAGCCGCCUAAGACGGAGCACGACAUUGCCGACAUGGAGGACGAGGUGCAGGCUCUGAGACGCGCUAUACAGCAGUAUCAAGCGCAGAUCGCCGACGCUCAAGUCGCUCAAGGAAGCGGAGACGGCGAAGACAAGCUGGCGGUGUUCCGCCAGCAUGCCAACCUCCAGGCUCGUAAGCUUACUGAGAAAGAAGACGAGCUGGAGCAGCUCAGAGCGGACAAGCAGCGACUUCAACGCAGCACGGAGGAGCUGGAGGCAAAGCUGGCGUCGAUAUCUGGCAGCAAGUUCAUGAGUCGGGAGGAGUUCAAGCAAUACGCGACAACGCUUCGGAACAAAACGAACCAGUACAAGAAGGUCAAAGCCGAGCUGGCGGAGCUCACAGCGGAAAGCGUCGUGUUGCACCGCACGGAGCAGCUCCUCAAGAGUAAAGACGCAGACCUCGAAGGUUUCCUCCGCGAUCUCGAGCGACAGAAGGGGGUUAGCGGGUUUCUGGCCACGCAAGACAAGAUCGACGACGUCUCGGUGCAAAACGCGCGAGUGAACGCGCUCAAGGGAGAGACGCUCGAAGAGAUCUCGCGUGUGGUCACGGACAUUAACCAAGCGCUCAAGGAGCGUAAGAACCAACUGGCCCCGCAGAUCAAAGAGCUGCGCACGGUGCGUCAACGCUACCAGGAGAUGGAGCAGGUUUAUCUGGAGCGCAAGGCGCAGUACGACCACACGGCGGUCGGACUCGAAGCUGAGCGGCUGAAGCUCGAGCAAGAGUGCGCUGCCUUCCAGGAGGACGCACUGCGCGAGGAGUCCCAGUUCCACCUUCUCCACUGCCAGCUCCAGCUACAGCAGGGCAAGGCCGACAAAAUCGCCCAGGAGAUCGAGUUCGAGCAGGGCUCGUCGAACGCUCGUCUGCUUCGAGACAUCCGCUCCUUCCAGGAGCUCUACAAGCACAAAGUGGCUCAACAGGAAUCCCUCACCAAGGAGCUGCGCAAGCAGCAGAAGGCGCUCAAGACUUCGGCCCCAGCCAAGAAGCAGCAGCGAGAGAUGUUCGAAGGAUUGCUGCAGCUGCUUUCCUGCAAAGCGCGUCUCGCUCAGCAAGAAAACCAAGGAAAUGGCAACGCGAACCGGAACGGUGGAGGCGUCGGAGGUGUGGGGCAGGACCUCUUUGACGGACGCACUGACAUCGCGCAUUAUGACGUGGGUGGAGCCAACGUCAUGACACUCGAGGCCUAG